AUGAGUCCACAUUGGGAAUUAUCUUUCACUAAACUUAGCUGUUUAAGUUUUGGUAGAAGUGACGGAGAAAUCGGCGCUCUGGUUAAACUCUUAGCUUCACACCCUUCAAUAGAAUUAAACCCCAGGGCCAUAUCGUUUGGCACUAAACUUAACGGUUCUGGUGAUUUAUUCUUCUCUAGAGAUGGUGGUGAACAUUUCAAUCAAAUAGAUACUGAAGGUGUCAAGAUAAAAUAUUUAAUACAACAUCCUUAUGAUAAAGAUUAUGCUUAUGCUAUGUCUGAUGAUUUGACUCAUUUUAGAACUGUUUCUUCAGGUAAGGUAUGGAAAAAAUUCACAACUCCUGAACCUCCAGCUUUAGAAUCAAUCCCAACUUUGACUAAUAAACAUUAUCCUUUGAGUUUCCAUGGCCACAGUUCAGGAUUUGCAAUUUUUGCUGGUCGUUGUUUAACUGCAAAUGAUGGUGCUGGUGUUCCAUGUGAAAGACAAUAUUAUUACACAAAGAAUAAUUUUGAUGGGUUAGAAAAAUUAACAAAAGCUCAUUCAUGUGUCUAUUCGGCUGCUACUCCUGAUUUAGGUAAAUAUCAAAAUGAAAAUUUGGUUACAUGUAUCGUUGACGGUGGUUCAGAUGCUUCAUUAGUCUUAUCAAGAUCAUCUGAUUACUUUGGUACCAAGUCAUACGUUACUCAUAAAGCUGGAUUGAUCACCGACAUUUCUAAACUUGGUGCAGGAUCUCAUUAUUUGAUUGCAGUUGGAUCACACUUGAGUGAUAGAACAACUUCUAGUGUCUAUGUUUCAUAUAAUGGAUUUGAUUGGGAUAAAGUUGACUUCCCAACUGGAUCAGAGUUAUCAAGUAGUUUCUCUAUUGUUGAAUCUACAAGUAAUUCAUUAUUUGUUGAUGUUGAAUACCCAAAUAAUCCUGAAGUUGGUCAAUUAUUCAAUUCUAUUGGAUUAAAUGGUUCAUAUUUUGUGAAAUCCUUAGAUUAUACCAAUCGAGAUUCCAAUGGAAAUAUCGAUUAUGAAGCUGUUGAAAGUAUUGAUGGUGUUGUUCUUGCAAAUGUUGUUGCUAACGGGAAAGAUGUCGUUGCGUCAGAAGGAAAAGCAAAAUCUUUAAAAUCCAAGAUUUCAUUCAACCAAGGUAAUACAUGGAUGGAUUUACAAGCUGAUGGUCAACAAUUGAACUUGCACUCUAUUGUUCAAAGAGCAAUUAAAUAUCCAGAUUCACCAGGGAAAUAUUAUUCUUCACCUGUUCCUGGUUUAUUACUCGGUGUUGGUAACACUGGAUCUACAUUAGACGCUUAUGAUAACUGUGAUACUUUUAUUUCAAGAGAUGCUGGCUUAACAUGGUCCAAAACUUUGAAUGGUCCUCAUUUAUUUGAGUUUGGUGAUCAAGGUUCCGUUAUUUUAGCUAUUGAAGAUAAUGCUGAUACCAACGCUUUAAAGUUCACAACAAAUCAAGGUAGAAGUUGGCAACAAGCUUCAUUAGACUCAACUAUUAAAGCUACUUUACUAACCAGUACUCCUGACUCUACAACUUUUAAGUUUUUAUUAGGGGGUUUCACUUCUAAUGGUCAAUACAAGGCAUAUGGCUUGAAUUUCAACAACUUAUAUGAUAGAAAAUGUGGUGAUUCUGAUUUUGAUGAUUGGUUUGUCAAAGAUGAACAAUCAAAUCAACCAAUGUGUUUCAUGGGACAUAAACAAAGAUUCAAAAGAAGAAUUUCAGAUGCCAACUGUUUUGUCGGUGAUGAAUAUAAAGAACCUGUUGCUGUUGAAGAUAGUUGUCCAUGUACCGAAGCAGAUUAUGUUUGUUCUUACAACUUCAAAAGAGAUGCUUCAGGAAAAUGUGUUCCAGCCGUUACAAGCUUGACCCCAGAUGCGGUUCAAAAGAAAGAAUGUGUGGAUAAUGCUCAAACAUAUUUUGAGCCUUCUGCUUAUACAAUUAGACCAGGAUCGGUUUGUUCAGUCUUAAAUGGUGUUAACUUAAAUGUCAAAGUUGAAAAAACAUGUCCAAAUUUCUCAAAAGAAACCGAUUCCAGCAAUGAUAACUCAUUGAUUGAUUAUGAUGAAGAUGAUACCCCAGAUGAAACUGCCCCAGAUACAAAUCCUGAUGAAAGUGAAGGUGAUAAAGAAAGAUCAAAAGAUGGAAAAAAUGAUGGUAGAGUUAGAACUUCUACAUUUGUGUUUGAUGGUUCCAUUACCAAAUAUGCUUAUUUAGAUAGAGUUGAAGGUUCAAACUUGAAAGAUGAAACUAUCGUUUUAUUGACUUCUCAUAACAAAGCUUAUGUUACACAUGAUCAAGGUUCAUCAUGGGAACAAAUUGCACCAGAGGAAGAAAUGUUAGAUUUAAUUGUUAAUCCAUACAAUACAAACCAUGUUUACUUAUUAUCAACAAAUCAAAAGAUCAUUUAUUCAACUGAUAGAGCUGAUAAUUGGAAAUUUUUCAGAACACCAGCAAAUUUUAUUCCAGGUGUUCAACCAUUACAAUUCCACCCAAAACACAGUAACUGGUUUAUCUAUAUUGGUCAAUUAGGCUGUGAAAGUAUGCAACACCAAGGUGCCUGUAAAACAGUCACUUAUUACACCAAAUCAUAUGGUAAAAGAUUUGCUAAAUUACAAGAUAAUGUUCAAACGUGUAAAUUCAUUGGUCAUCUUCUAGAACCAACAAAUGAUCAAUUAAUCAUCUGUGAAAGGGAAGAAAAUGAAAAUACAAUUUUCGGAUCUGAAUUAUUAGUUACAGAAGAUUUCUUCGAAAACACUCAUAUGCCGUUAGAUGAUGUUGUUGGAUUUGCUCAAGCUGAUGAUUAUUUAGUCGCCGCAACUGCUGAAAAGGAUGGAUCAUUAAUAGCUCAUGUUUCCGUUAAUGGUAAAGACUGGACAGAUGCUUUAUUCCCAGAUAAUUUCAAAGUUAACAAAAACCAGGCUUAUACUGUUUUGUCCGCUUCAUCUCAUGCUGUGUUUUUACAUGUUACAACAAAUGAUAGAGCAGGAAGUGAGUUUGGGACAAUUUUGAAAUCAAAUUCAAAUGGUACUUAUUACGUUAUCACAGCUCCAAAUGUAAACAGAGAUGCAAAUGGCUUUGUUGAUUUUGAAAGAUUAAAUGAUCUUGAAGGUGUUUCUGUCAUGAACACAGUUUCAAAUGUUAACGAAGCAAGAAGAGGUUCUAAAAAGACAUUAAAAUCUAUGAUUACCCACAACGAUGGUGCUGAUUGGGAUUAUUUACAACCACCAAGUACUGAUUCAGAGGGUAAGAAAUAUUCUUGUAAGGGCAAAUCAUUAGAUGAAUGCUCAUUACAUUUACAUGGUUAUACAGAAAGAGAUGAUCCAAGAGAUACGUUUUCAUCCGGGUCUGCUAUUGGUAUGAUGAUUGGUGUUGGUAAUGUUGGGAAUAAAUUAGACGCUUAUUUUGAUGGCUCUACUUUCUUGACUAGAGAUGGUGGUGUUACUUGGAAGGAAAUUAAAAAAGGUGUUUAUCAAUGGGAAUAUGGUGACCAAGGUUCAAUUAUUGUUUUGGUGAAUGCUCAAGAUUCAACUAACGUUAUUUCAUACUCUUUAGAUGAAGGUCAAACAUGGUCUGAUUAUCAAUUUACAGAAUCUUUAGUUAAAGUCAACGAUAUUUCAACUGUUCCAUCUGAUGAUUCAAGAAAAUUCUUGUUAUUCACAAAACUACCCUCAAAUAAGGGUGACAAAUCAACAGUUUACCAAAUUGACUUCUCACAGUUGUUAAAGAGAAAAUGUAAUUUAGAUUUGGCAAAUCCAGAUACUGAUGAUUUUGAUUUAUGGACACCAAAACAUCCCCAUCAUCCAGAUAAUUGUUUAUUCGGUCAUGAAGCUCAUUAUUACAAAAAAAUCCCAGGAAGAGAUUGUUACAUUGGUGAAAAAUUGAGUAAACCGUACGAAGUUAUCAAUAAUUGUCCAUGUAAUAGAAAAGAUUUUGAAUGUGAUUGGAAUUAUGAAAAAGACUCAAAUGGUGAAUGUAAAUUGAUUUCAGGAUAUACACCACCAGAUCAUUCAGAUGUUUGUAAGAAACCAGGUGUUGAGGAAUACUGGUUAGCUACUGGUUAUAGACGUAUUCCAUUAACAACUUGUGAAGGUGGCCAAGAGUUUGAUAAAGUUGAAGCUAAACCAUGUGCUGGUAAAGAAGCUGAAUUCAAAGCUAGACAUAAGGGAUUAACAGGUUUAUCAUUGGCUUUGGUCAUUAUAAUUCCAAUUUUAACAGCUGCUACUUUCGUUUACUUUAUUUACUACAAAUAUGUUGGUAAAUAUGGUCAAAUUAAAUUAGGUGAUGAAGAUGUCCAAUUUGAUAAUACCAGUAUUUUCAGCAAAAUCUCUUCAAUAACUGGAUUUGUUAUUGUCAGAGCGGUCUCUAUCACAAAAGAAACUACUGGAACUAUAUUUGAUUGGAUCUCUUCGAAGGUAUUAAGAAAAUCUGUUUCGUUAGAGAGUAAUGAAAAUGUUCCGGAUAUUAGAUACACAGACCUUCCAGAAAAUAGUGGAGAUCAAACAGAUAUCGAAGAUGAUAUACUAGAUGAAGGUGAUUUAACCGAAGCUGAAGAUGAUAGAGUUUAA